UCAGCCCAACACCCGCAGCCACGGCUCCGUCCCCGGAGUCAGCCCCGCUCCCGUGUGCUGCAAUGCGCUGCUUCCCCCGGCGAGGCCACACGACGCGGCGCCCCCUGGCUGCCCGCCCGCCGGGCUGAGGCGAGGGAGGCGCGGGAGCCCCCGGCCCCUGCCCACCCCGUCCCGCUGCUGGGGUGUCCGGCUCGGCGCGCCGCUGCCGUCGGGCGGUGACCCCGCGGAGCUCCUGGCCGGACUUUGCCCGCUGCCCCCACGGCACCUCCCGCCGCCGCCAGCCGGGACGGGGCGCUCCGGGGCUCCCUCACACGCCAGGCGGGAACGGGGCUCUCGGCCGCUGCCCGCUGAGGAAACGCGGGGCCCGCCGGCGCUGAGCCCGGCCCGCGGCACCGAGCCGGCCCGAUCCGUGCGCCAUGGCGGGCGCUGCGUUGUGCGGCCCCCGCGACGGACCCGCCGGGCUCUGGGACUGGAAUCAGACAUGGUAUACGAACACCCCAAGAUUUACUUGGUGCUUUGAGAGGACAGUCAUUGCUUGGAUCCCAUGUGCCUACCUUUGGAUCUGUUUUCCUUUCUACUACUUGUACCUUCGACACAAAAACAAAGGCUAUAUCAGGAUGUCCUACAUCUUCAAAGCCAAAAUGGUCCUUGGAUUCAUCUUGGUAAUACUGUGUUUUUCUAACACCUUCUUCAUACUGUGGGAAAUAAGCCAAGGAAUCCCACGGGCUCCAGCAUUCUUCAUUAGCCCUGCCGUGGUGGGAAUCACAAUGAUCCUUGCCAUGUUCCUUACCCAGGCGGAAAGAAUGAUGGGCAUCCAGUCUUCAGGCAUCCUGUGGAUUUACUGGCUGCUCUCGUUCAUGGCUGCAGUUGUGAUGUUUGUUUCCAAAGUCCAAAAUGCCCUGGAAAGAGGCUUCCUGGAAGACCAUUUCCACCAUGUCACAACUUACCUUUACGCUAGCCUGGUGCUAGGAGAACUCGUGUUAUUCUGCUUAGUUGAUCACCCUCCCUUCUUUUCUAAAGCUGUCAACCACCCUAAUCAGUGUCCAGAAGCCAGCACCUCUUUUCUUUCCAAAAUUACAUAUUGGUGGUUCUCUGGGCUCGUCUGGAGAGGCUGGCGGCAGUCCUUGGGGACAGAUCACCUGUGGCCAGUGAGGAAGGAGGACUGCUCUGAAGAAAUUGUUGCCUGGGCUGAAAGAGAGUGGCAGAAGUGUCGCAGCAGAACCCAGCAAAAAAUGGAGUCUGCUACAUUUAAAAAGGGCCAGAAGAGAGAAACAAGAACAGCAGAAGCUGAAGAGACAGAGGUUCUACUACAAUCAGAGCAAAGUCAGAGUGGGCCCUUACUGAAAGUGUUUUGGAAGAUGUUUGGAACCUAUUUCCUUCUCGGCACUGUCUGCUUAGUUAUCUGUGAUGUCUUCUUGUUCUCCAUCCCAAAGUUACUGAGCCUUUUCCUGCAGUUCAUUGAAGAUCGAGAGGCACCCAGCUGGCACGGCUAUUUCUAUGCCUUCGCUAUGUUCCUUUUGGCUUGUCUCCAGACUCUGUUUGAACAACGAUAUAUGUACAUAUGUCUUGUUCUGGGGCUGAGACUGAAAACCGCAGUCACGGGGCUUGUGUACAGGAAGAUCCUACUUAUGUCAAAUGCAUCAAGGAAAGCAGCCACAGUAGGUGAAAUUGUUAAUCUCGUAUCUGUUGAUGUCCAAAAGCUAAUGGAUCUGAUUAUCUAUUUUAAUGGGACCUGGCUUGCUCCUAUUCGGAUUAUCAUCUGCUUUGUCUUCUUGUGGCAGCUUCUUGGCCCAUCUGCCCUGGCUUCGAUUGCUGUAUUCCUUUUUCUUUUGCCUCUGAAUUUUGUCAUCACCAAGAAGAGGAGUCAGUUUCAGGAGACCCAGAUGAAACAUAAAGAUGAGCGGGCCAAACUCACCAAUGCCAUUCUCAGCGACAUUAAAGUAAUUAAACUGUAUGGCUGGGAGAAAACCUUCAUGGAGAAAGUGCUUGGUAUCAGGAAGGAAGAGCUUCAGGCCCUGAAAAGAUCUCAGAUUCUCUUCUCAGCAUCUUUAGCUUCUUUCCAUUCCUCAACUUUCCUGAUUGCGUUUGUCAUGUUUGCUGUCUACACACUGGUGGAUGACACGCACGUCCUGGAUGCCCAGAAGGCCUUUGUGUCUUUAACACUGAUCAACAUUCUCAACACUGCACACUCCUUCCUGCCGUUCUCCAUUAACGCUGCUGUCCAGGCCAAAGUUUCUUUAAACCGCUUAACGGCUUUUCUGAAUCUGGAAGAACUGAAUCCUGAGAGCUCUGGCAGAGACUCUUCUGGCUGUGUACAGGCAAGUAUCACCAUAAGAAAUGGGACUUUUUGCUGGAGCAAAGAAACUUCUCCUUGUCUUAGAAGGAUAGAUCUUACCGUGCCCAGAGGUUCCUUGCUUGCUGUAGUUGGCCAGGUGGGUGCUGGAAAGUCCUCCUUGCUGUCGGCAUUACUGGGUGAGCUGGAGAAGACGGAUGGCUGCAUGUCCAUGAAGGACACAACAGCUUAUGUCCCCCAGCAAGCCUGGAUACAAAAUGCUUCGGUGGAAGAUAAUAUUCUCUUUGGGAAAGAGAUGGAUGAGACAUGGUUCAACAGAGUGAUAGAUGCUUGCGCACUGCAGCCUGAUUUGGAGAGCUUCCCUGCGGGGCGGAAGAGUGAAAUAGGAGAGAAGGGAAUAACUAUAUCGGGAGGGCAGAAGCAAAGAGUGAACCUUGCUCGUGCUGUGUACCAGAAGGCUUCGAUUUACCUGCUAGACGACCCGCUCUCGGCUGUUGAUGCGCAUGUUGGACAGCACAUUUUUGAACGCGUUCUUGGACCCAACGGCUUACUGAAGGACAAGACUCGUGUGCUGGUGACUCACACAAUCAACAUUUUGCCUCACGUGGACAACAUUGCUUUGCUCGUGGAUGGAAGAAUCUCAGAAAUCGGUUCCUACCAAGAACUUUUACAGAGAAAUGGUGGCUUUGCAGAAUUUCUUCAUUCACACAUCGCUGAAGAGAAGGCAGGCACUAGUUUUCCAGCUAUGGGAGAUGCCCAAGGCACCAUCACCUCUAGAAAUGCUCUGUCACAGGAGGAGCUCUUCAGGGACAAUUCAGUCGAAUCUUCUGCCAGGGGAAGGGAGCCCGUUCCGGUCAGUCAGGACCGCACCACUGCUGCAGCUCCUGGAGGAACAUUAACCAAGGGAGAGAAAACUCAGCCUGGCAGGGUUAAUACUUCGAUUUACGCAGCCUACCUGAAGGCGACAGGCUUUCUGUUGUGUGCAUACAUCAUGCUGCUGUUCACGUGUCAGCAAGCCGUGUCAUUUUCUCGUGGUUACUGGCUCAGCAUGUGGACAGACGACCCUGUUCACAAUGGGACACAGCAGCACACAGAGCUGAGAGUUGGAGUCUUUGGUGCACUAGGAGUCGUUCAAGCCCUUGGCAGGUUUCUUUCAACAGCAGCAGUCCUUCUGGGUGGCGUGUUAGCAUCGCACAAGCUGUUUCUGCAGUUGCUGAGGAAUGUCAUGAGAUCCCCCAUGGUCUUCUUCGAGCAGACACCCAUCGGAAACCUGUUGAACCGUUUUGCCAGAGAAAUGGAUGCCAUUGACUCCGUCAUCCCUGACAAGCUGAAGUCCUUGCUGGGAUUCUUGUUCCACCUGCUGGAGAUCUACCUUGUGAUUUUAGUGGCUACACCCAUGGCAGCAGUGGCCAUAGUGCCCUUGACUGUGCUUUAUGCUGCGUUCCAGCACUUCUAUGUCAGCACCUCCUGCCAGCUGAGGCGUGCAGAGGCUGCCAGCAGGUCACCCAUCUACUCCCACAUUUCAGAAACGUUCCAAGGCAGCAGCGUGAUCCGCGCUCACAAGGACCAGGAGCGAUUUAUCUUGAAGAGCAAUUUUCUAGUGGAUGAGAAUCAGCGAGUGUGCUUCCCGGGAGCAGUGGCUGACAGGUGGCUUGCUACAAACAUGGAGCUUCUGGGCAAUGGCAUCGUGUUGUUUGCAGCACUGUUUGCAACAAUGGGCAGAACACAUCUCAGUCCGGGAACUGCUGGCUUCUCCAUUUCAUAUGCUCUUCAGAUAACUGGUGUUCUGAACUGGAUGGUGCGUGCCUGGACAGACAUAGAGAACAGCAUCGUUUCUGUGGAGAGAGUGAGAGAAUACACAAGGACUCCUAAGGAGGCACCUUGGACUUUGAGUGGCCAACUUCAAGAUCGAGUUUGGCUCACUGAAGGGAGAAUUGAAUUCAGAAACUAUAGUUUGCGAUACCGGCCAGAUUUGGAGCUGGCACUGAAGCACGUCAGUCUCACCAUCCACGGGCAGGAGAAGAUUGGCAUAACUGGGAGAACAGGAGCUGGGAAAUCCACUCUUGCUGUGGGUUUGCUGCGAUUAGUGGAAGCUGCGGAAGGGGCGAUCUUAAUCGAUGGACUCGAUAUUGCUCAACUAGGUCUCCAUGACCUUAGAACCAAGAUAACUGUCGUUCCCCAGGAUCCAGUUUUGUUUUCUGGCUCCCUAAGAAUGAAUCUUGACCCGUUAAACCAACACACUGACGCAGACAUCUGGACAGCGUUGGAGCUGACUCAGCUCAAGAACUUUGUUGCAGCUCUGCCGGAGCAGUUGGAACAUGAAUGCACUGACCAAGGGGAAAACCUGAGCGCUGGUCAGAAGCAGCUGGUUUGUCUGGCCAGAGCACUUCUGCGGAAAGCCAAAAUCCUCGUGCUGGAUGAGGCCACAGCAGCGGUAGAUUUAGAAACUGACCUUCAGAUUCAGGCCAUGCUGAGGACUCAGUUCAAGGACAGCACCGUGCUAACAAUAGCUCACCGGAUUAACACCGUCAUGGACUGCGACAGGAUUUUAGUCUUGGAAAAUGGUCGGAUAGCUGAAUUUGAUACUCCGGAACGCUUAAUAGCUCAGAAGGGACUGUUCUGCAGCCUGAUGGAAGAAUCAGGCCUUGCAUAACUCACUCAUGGCAGAGACCGUAAUGCCACCACCACCAGGAAUAAUUGACCUCGUAAUUGAGUUGUUACCUUGGUUUCACUCUGAAAUGCCUGAUGCUCAACCAAAUCUCGUUUGAGCUGUAACCGCAGUGAGUAGAUGAAAAGGGAUGACUUAGGAUACACGUUAUUUCUGUAAGAAACACAGCAAUUCCGUUUUUGUUAUCUUUCCAGAUACCAAACCUCACUAUUCUGCUGAAAAUGAGCCAGUCAGAACUUAAACACCUUGUUCCUCUUAUGCUAUAAAAGCAAAGAGGCUAAAAGACCACAUCAUGUAGGACAAUGGGCAAUGGGUUCAAGAGGUUCCACUUAAAGAUGAGAAGAAACUUGUUCCCGGUGAGGGUGGCAGAGCCUGGCCCAGGCUGCCCAGGGAGGUUGUGGAGUCUCCUUCUGUGCAGACAUUCCAACCCGCCUGGACACCUUCCUGUGUAACCUCAUCUGGGUGUUCCUGCUCCAUGGGGGGAUUGCACUGCAUGAGCUUGCCAGGGCCCUUCAACCCCUCACAUUCUGGGGUUCUGUAAUCAUUUUUGAUUUAUGCUAUAAAUGGAGCCCAAAUACACUGCCAUGCUUAAAGACUGCACAAGUUAUUCUUAAAAGCCAACAAGGUUUUAUGGAGAGCAAACAAGAAUUUACCUGGUAGCGAGCAAGCUUACGUGUGUACAGCUUGCCAUGAGUUCCAGGCAGAACCAGUUCAGUCCUUCGCCAAGACCUGCUCACCUGGGCACCGUUCUUGCACCAUGUGGUGAACCCCGGGGCAGCAGGGAAGCACUGACCCCCCAGAGCAGCUCUGGGGAGGGCAGCGGGUGGCACUGGGACACCCAACUCACUUCCCGACCUGCUGGCUCAAUCCUGGUUUUCUCCUCAAGUGCAAGUUCACUCCCGGCACCGUGGAGCCUCUGGCACGGUCGCUUCAGAUGGUGCUUCAGCAAACCACAACGGCCCCCAACAGCAAAGCUGAGCUGCAUCAGAGCUGUCCCCACGGCCCUCCUCAGGAAUCACAACAGGACACUGCGACAAACAAACCACACUGUGAGAUGCUGCUGUUUACCGAGACUUUUGUUAAAAGUUUUCUAGAAAGCUGAAAUAAAAAUAGAAUCGAGUAUUGAAACGGCUCCCCUUCAGUUAGCCAAAGUAAAUACGGUGUAAAAGGAGUAGUGGGGAGGGGAUGGGAAAGGUCAAACUGGCCGGAAUCAGCUCGGGGCAGCAAAACCCAGCGGUUCCUUCUGGCACAGCUGUUUCAUCACCUCUUCACCCACAUUAGGAGCAGUGGGCAGUUUCUCUGGACACAUGCCCAAGGUACCGAAGUCCAACACCUGCUGCCAUACUGGUGCUCAAACACC